AUGCAGUCUAAAGGCCUCCAAUCUCUAUUCGACCAUCCUGACUUGUCUCCGAAGAUCAGAGAGGCGUGUUCAAUUGCACGUUCCCACGGUUAUCGCUACAUCUGGAUCGAUUCCUGUUGUAUCGACAAGCAAGACAGCAUAGAGCUCUCUGAGGCCAUAAACACCAUGUUCUUCUGGUACAGCAGGUCCAACGUCUGCUACGCAUACCUAGUAGACGUUCCAAACGGGAAGGAGACAGAUGCUCAAUCACGCUUCCACACCAGUCGGUGGUUCUCUCGAGGAUGGACACUCCAGGAACUCAUAGCGCCCCGAGCGCUAUUGUUCCUCUCGCGGGACUGGCAGCUUUUCGGUACGAAAGCCGCCUUGUCCGGUGCAAUCGAGAAGAUCACAGGCAUCGAGCUCUCCGUCUUGAAGCAGCAGAAACCAUUGAGCGCCAUCCCCGUCAUCGUCCGCAUGGCUUGGGCAGCCAAGAGGGAGACAGAGAAAGUGGAGGACAGGGCGUAUUCGUUGUUUGGUAUCUUCGAUGUCCAUCUCCCUAUGUCGUACGGCGAAGGGGAUCGCGCUUUCUUCCGACUACAGGCAGCCCUGUUGCAGACGAUCCCAGAUCAGACAAUCUUUGCAUGG